AAAAAAGGACUUAUAAGCGCCACAGGGUGGAUUUAAAAAUAAUAAAAGAGUAUUGUAUUUGUAAAGCUCGAGUACGCUGUAAUUUUUUAUUAAAUUUUUAUAAAUAAUUAAAUAAAAUUUAACGAAUCUAAAUGGUAAUAGAUAUAAUAUACGGGUGAAGUAACCUAUUUUCAAACAAAAUAAAAGUAAGCGGACAUGCUUGUUUCCUCCUGCAAAACCAGUUUCUGUUGCAGUAUGACCUAACGAUUUCUGAACUAACACGUAAACGAGGAAUUCUUCGAUAUGGAAUGCCGUGUAAACAAGUGUUUCUGUUUUUCUAAUAAUCAAGAUGCUUCUUUCGCAUCAGGAGUUUAUACAACAAUAAUAUCUUUAUUGAGCACGGUUUAUAUAGGAACUAAAUUAAGCUACUAUGUUCUUUAUGGCCCAAGUGGACAUAUUAUAUAUAAAGGAAUUUCUCUUUCAGGGAUAGUAAUUUUUUUGGCAUUACUCCUUUGCAGUAUAACUUUAUUACAUGCUGUUAGAAAGGAAAUUCGAUUAAUGUUGGUACCAUGGAUGGUAUGCAUGAUUAUUUUAAUUACAAUACAAUAUGGUUCUUUAAUAUUGUUUUUGGCAACCGUUUUUGAAAUUUUGCAUCCUAUUCACUUCAUCUUAUUGAUGAUAAUGGUUGCUAUGAUUUCUUUACACACUUACUGCUUCGUUAUUGUGAAAACUUAUUAUCAGAAGUUAAAAUUGGAGUUCACAUUAGAUGAAAAACCUAAAAUUUAUACAGUAAUAUAAAGAAUAAAGUAAAAAUAUUAUAUAAAUGUAUAACUUUAUUAUUAAAUAUUUAUGUGUAUAAAGUUAUAAUCAAAUUAUUAUCUA